AUGGUGACAGUGUCUCGCAAAGUCAAGGAGCCAAAACAGCGAACCCCGGAACAAUUAGCGGAACGCCAGCGUUUGCGUGAGCAAAAGCGCUUGGAAAAAGAAUUAGCAAAACAGCGUGCAUCAACCUCGGCUGUUGCGAAAGUCAAGAAAGAAAAGAAACCGAAAGAAGUCAUCAAAGAGUCUGCGCCAAAAAAAAUACUAGCCGAGCAGAAAACUGGCCCAAAAAAGGCAGGCCUCUCGGCGCCAGUUAUUGAAAGCAAAGGAGUGGCCAAAGCAAAGCAGAUGAAGGCGGAGCAAGUAGAGUCAGGUCAGCAGCAGCAGAAGGCAGUUAAGAAAGUUAACGAGCCGAAGAAAGUGAAUAAGCAGAAGAAAGAGAAUAUCACUGCGAAAGGUGUUGAGGCAAUGAAGGCGGUGUCGCCAUUACUUAGCCAGAACACUCAGUUAUCGAAGACGGGCGUCGACGAAGCAAGUGCUCCACCGACAAUGGCGAAAACUGGGGAAAAAAUAUCAGAAUGUUCUUUGGAAAGUGUCGGAAAGCUGGCCUCACUAUUGCGCAGCGAAAUUACUCAGUCUUCUCAAGAAAGCGUGGAGACACGAAGUAUCCCUUCAAAGACCAAAGGGAAAGCCGUUAAAAAAUCCGCCGGUGGCGCCGACAAGGCCAAGUUGACUUCGCCUAGGGGGAGUGAGUCCACGCAGUCGUCUACAGCGGAUCGGAACAAACAAAGUGUGCCAUCAACUCCAGAGAAAAGCAAAGAAAAGUCGUCGAAAGAUUCUCCGCGAAGUGCUAAAAAACUCGUGGCAGUAUCUCCUUUGCAGCAGAGUGAAACUACUCAGUCUUCCAAGAAAAGCGAAGGCAAACGAAGCGAAUCGUCGAUGCAUGCAAAAAGUGAAGAACAUGUUACAUCUGAAUACUCUGUGGAGUUGGAGGAAUCGUCGACGAUAACUAUUUCGGAGAGAGACCAUGCUGUCUUGCCUACGGCAGACAGUGGGUUUCCAGCCCCAGCAAAAACCGGAGGAAAAUCAGCCGGCUAUGCUGUAUCUGCGGCAAUGUUACCUCUUCAGGACACGCAUAUUCAGCCAUCCACGAGACGCAGUGAUAAACAAAAAGUUUCUUCAAAAUCAGCAAGUAUUGAGAAAGAACCUUCGGAAUAUCCUUUGGCAGCCACCGAUGAAACUCAGCACGGUACGCCAUCAACACCGUCGAAGACUGAAGGAAAAUCGGAACAUUCUCUGCCCGUAGCGAUGCCAAAAUUGCACAGCGAAUACACGCAGUCGUCCACCAAAAGUGAAAGCACUGUCCCAAAUAUACCAGUGACUGAAAUGGAAACCUCGGAGUAUUCUCUGCAGAAUGAUGAGGAAACCGUACUAAUAUCGUCUCCUCUGGACAGUCAUGACGAGUUUUCUGUAACUGGUACUGACCGAGGAAGCGCGGAAAGCAAAAUAUCGGAGUGUGCUCCACGGUCUGCAGCAUCACCGUUGCAAAGUCAAAUUGUCCAGCCAUCCUUCAAGAGCGGAAGGGACCACGGCACGCCUUCAUUACCUGCUAAAACUGAAAGAAAAGUCGCAGAAAAAGGCUUGCUCGCAGCGACGUCACCUCUGGAGAUUGAGCGUACCCAGUCAGUUAAGACGGAUCAGGGCAAUCGUAGCGUACAAGAAAUGCCCACACAGGACGAGGAGAGUGUGUCUGAAUAUGCUCUGGACUUUGAAACAACGGACACGACUCCUUUGGCCAGUGAAUAUACUCAGUCCCCAGCGAUGGUGAAAAACAGCCAAAACUUGCAUGCAGUGCCGAUACAGUAUGAUGAGGAAUCGGGCCAUUUAUUGCUAGCUGAUUAUAAACCUUUGGGCACAGCAUCUUCGGUUAGUGAAUUCACUCAGUCUUCAAAAACAGGCGAGAACGAAAGAAGCGCCUCUCCAGAUUCGGCGAAAUUUAACGAAAAGACAUCGGAAUACACGCUGCAGAGUCUGGAUGAAACAACGGCACUGAGUUCUGUGGAGAGUGAGUACACACAAUCCUCUUCUGCGACCGGGAAAAAAGAGGGGACAUCUCCGACGGUGGCAGAGUUCAAAGGAAAAUAUCCGGAAUCCUUGCUGCAAGGUUUUGAAGAAACAACGGCGAUGUCAUCUGUGGAAAGUGAGUACACGCAGUCAUCUGAAGUAGGUGAAAACAUACAAAUUGAGCUUCCAACGGCAGCAAAGGUCGAAAAAACGCUGCUGCAUUCUUUGCAAAACAAAACUACGAUGUCGCCGCUGCAGAGUGAACUUACUCAGUCGCCCACGAAAACUGGAAGUAUGCGUUCGAUGCCUACACAGCGCGAUGAACUUACUGAGUAUUCACUGCAGAGCGAAGAGGAAACUCUGUGCUCGACACCGUUGAUGAGUGAUAAUACUCAGUCAUCUGUGGCAGGCGAUAACAACCAGAAUCUGCGUUUGGCACCGGCAGAAAUUAAAGGAGCAGAAUCGGAAUAUUCCAUCAUUAGUGAAGAAACAACAGGGCAGACACCUCUGGAAACUACUGUCUCAUCUGCCGCAGACGCAAGCAUCCAAAGCGCACGCUUAAUGCCUACGCAAAGUAGUGAACAUACAACGGAGUACACAUUGGGAACUGAUGAGGAAUCAGUAGGUCUAACACCUCUGGAUAGCGAUUACACUGAAUCAUCAGUCACAGACGUAACCAACAAAAGCAUGCGUUCAAUGCCCACGCAACGCAGCGGGCAGACGUCUGAGUACUCACUUGAAACGGAUGAGGAAACAGUAGACUCGACAAAUCUGGACAGUGAGUAUACUCAGUCUUCUCUUGCAAGCGUAGGGACCAAAAGCAUACGUUCAAUGCCUACGCAGCCCAGCGAACAGACGUGGGAGCAAACACUAAGCUUCACAUCUCUGGGCAGCGAGUGUACUCAACCAUCUGUUACUGGCGCAGACGAGCAUGACGUACGUUCAAUGCCUACACAGCCAAGCGAGCGCACAGCUGACGGCUCCUUGCAAACUGACGAGGAAUCAGUGGGUUUAACACCUCUGAGCAGCGAGUAUACACAGCCAUCUGCUGCAGACGGUCAAAGUGUGCGCUUAAUGCCAACGCAGCGCAGCGAACCUGCUUCUGAGUAUUCGUUCAAGGCCGAUGAGGAGGCGGUAGUCUCGAAACUCUUGGUCAGCGACCGUACUCAGCAGUCUGAUGUAAACAGUCAGCCUGUAUCUCCAAUGCCUACACUUCGUAGGAAACAGACACCAGAUUAUUCAUUAAGAACUGACGAGGAAACACUGGACACAACACCACUGGAUAGCGAAUGUACUCAGCCGUCUGUUGUAGACGUAGAUAGUCAGAGCGUACAUGCAGUGUCUACGCAGCGCAGCAAACAGGCAUUGGGAUACCCAGAUCACACUGAUGAAAAAGUAGUGAGUCCACUUGGUAGCGACCAUACUCAACCAUCCGUUACAGGCGCUGAUAAUCAAAGUAUGCGUUCAAUGCCUACACAGCAUAGUGAACAAACGACUGAGUAUUCAUUUUAUACUGAAGAGGAGUCAGUGGGCACAACUCCUCUAGACAGCGAAUAUACUCAGUCUUCUGUUGCGGGCGCGGACAACCAAACCUCAUUCCAGACUGAUGAGGAAUCACUGGGCACAACACCCUUAUAUACCGAGUAUACCCUGUCGUCUUCGGUAAGCGAAAUUAAAAGCAACGUACCUUCAGUGCCAGCGAAAUUUGAGGAAGAAACAUCUGAAUAUUCGCUGCUGAACGGCGAUGGGGCAACGAUACUAAAUCUACAGAGCGAACGCACUCAGUCAACAACGGGUGUUGAAGAUAACGAGCGUAGUACCAUCGGUACGCCUGUUGAGAAAACGCAGCUCUCCACUGAUGUUGGAGGUGGCGAAAGCGCCCCUUUGAACAAACUUAUUGGUCCUCCAACGCUUGUUGAACGUACGCCAUCGGAUACUGAAGACAGCCGAAGUGCCGCUUCGACGCUUGUUGAGCACACUCAAUCAUCCAUAAGCAGUGAACACAAACGAAGUGCUCCUCAGACACCGGUAGCAGCCGGAGAAGAAAAUUCAGGACAUACGGUAUCGACGGCUGCACCACCAUCGCAAACUGGGUUUACUCGAUUAUCCACUUCGCCCGGCAACAAGCCAGAUGCUUUUUCCGCGCCAGAAAUGGCUGAAGAAACGUCGGAAUAUUAUGGCGAAGAAACCGAGAUGCUGACAUCCCCAGUAAGUGAUUAUAGUGAGGAGACCGUAACGCUUAUGGAUCAGCGGGGCGAUCGGCUUACAUCGCCCAUGGCUACUGGGGGAGAAAUAUCAGAGUAUGCUGCCGCGCCGAGGACUCACUUUUCUCCACCAGCAGCGAUAUCACCUUUGGACAGCGAGUUCACCCAGUACUCGAUGACAGGCGGAGACGUACGAAGCACGCCGCUAACACCGCCCAGGACAGAGGCGCAAAUACAUGACUAUUCUGAACGAAGUGAUGUAUCAUUUGGCUCAUCUUUGCCGAGUGUAUAUGCACAUUCAUCGAAGACACGCGGUGACGAGCGAAAGUACUCUCCAACGUCACCAGAAACUGAAAGUUCAUCGGAAUAUACGAUACCAACGGCGGCGGAAUGUUCUGUGUCUACGGCGAUGGAUUUAUCGGUGUCCACUGCGACAGAUUUAUCGGUAUCCACUGCGGCGGACUUUUCUGUAUUCACGGCGGCUUCUUAUUUGCCUAGUGAGAGUACUCAGCUUUCCGGAGCAAGCCAGGAAACGUUUUCAAUGACUGAAGCAGAAAUAUCGGAUUAUCAUCUGCCUUCAGCUACAGCAACAGAGUGUUCUGUGCCUACGGCGGCAUCGCCUUCACUGACCGACUCUACACAGAGAUCCACGAUUAUGACAGAUGAGAGCCAGCUAAGUGCUGUUCCAGAGCCAGAACCUGUCAAAGAGGACGCAGCGUUGGCACCCGAAAAGGCAGCAAAAGCAGAUGGACAAGGCCUGGCUAGUGCCGAUACUGGACUAGCUGAAGGUGCAGGUAAAAAGCAUAAGAAAAAACGAAAUCGACGGCCAGGUGCAGAAAAUCGCUUGUCGGCAACAGAUCUUGUUGAAGGAGACACUCAUGACGCGGAUGAAAGCCAAGUUGACUCUGGAUUUACGGAAGUAGUUAGCGGGCGAAAGCACAAAAAGAAGCGGCAUGUGGCGGGCGAGCAAACUAAACAAGAAGAGGCAUCUGAAGAGGGCGCAGGACGCGAGGAAGAGCAGGUCGUAGGAAAUGAAUCCACUGAAACUGAUAAGAUUUAUGUGCCAGCCGGCGAACAGCGUGAUACUGCUCCCGGAGAUCAGGGCACAAAAAUUGCAAAGGCUGCGGAACAAGAGGCGCCGACAAGUGGUGAAAUUCCGAAGGAUGACGAAAUGAUGGUGAGAACGGAUGACAGCGUACGGACUGCGACUUCAGGAGACUUUGGUGUAGUCAAGCGCUCUGGUGAGGCAUUGGAGCCGGAGGAACUGGAUGUGGCAAAGCUCGCUAAAGAGCAUUCGGAAGCAUUGGCAGCGGCGAAUGUUGAUGAUACUAAAACUGCUGUACCACCACCAUUCAAACUGGAACCGAAGCGUGAGAAGUAUGUUAUUGAAAAAAGGGAUCCACCCGAACUGGCACUGCAACGCAGUAGACCAGAACGCGCACAGCCGCGAGAACGCGUCUAUAAACUUUUGCCCCGUGACAUUGAAUUUUGUGUGCGCAUGAUCGAGAAGCACGGAGACAAUUAUGAGGCAAUGGAAGCCGAUGAAGGCAAUAUCUAUCGUGAUUCGGCCAAGAGAAUUGCGCGCAAGAUAAGGGUGUUUAAGGAGAGCCCACAGUACGACGAGUAUCUGGAUGAGAAGUCGUCAAAAAGCAACUCCACUGAUAAAAAUGUUUAA